AUGGCUUCUUCUUCGAUACCAACGCAAAUAGCGGAGGCUGUUCAAUUCGGACACAUAGAUCGUCACCCAGACCCAAUACGCGACAAUGCGCCCGCGACAGCAGCCGAGAAGAGAGAGGUUGCGACCGUGGCACCCGAGCGACGUGAAUACGACGAUGUGGAAAGCGACGAGGACGAGGACGAGAUUCCCGUGAGCGUGCUGCGGCCUGCUACAACAUCACACAAGCUCCCGCCUCUCCCAGAUCUGCGGUUCGAGCAGAGCUAUCUAAACAGCAUCGCAUCAGCGGAUACGUGGUGGAAAGUAAUGCUGAUAACAGCGCGAGACCAGGUUAUGAUGCCACUGGUACAAGGCCUGCUGUACAACUUGGCGCUUUGCGGGUGGCAGCAUUGGAACCGCAACGCCAGAUUACAUGGCAACACCAUUGGAGCUCGAGCGCGGAGAUGGUGGUGGGGAGUCAAUAACUGGAACAUCCCGGACCAGAGAAGGUCAUAUCGCUGA